AUGUCGUCCUCACGUCUCCUCAUCCUUGCCGCCCUUCUCACAAAUAUACAAAUGAUAGGCGCGCAGAAGCCCAUCGUACAGACAAUCACAAAUCUCGAUGCAUAUACCGCUGGUCGCGGCUGCAUGCGCGACUGCCUAUACAACAUCGCCGGUCGCAAUGGUUGCGAUAAUACGAACGAAUGUAUUUGUCGUAUCGAUCUCCAGCCUGCGCUCACAUCUUAUCUCUCUACUUGUAUAUCCAAUAGCUGCGCCGGUUAUACGAGAGACGUGAAUAGUGGAGUCAGUAUCUAUCAAAGCUACUGCUCGGAUAAAGCCGACGCCCCUGAGCCAGUGGUCACUCCUGUCGCCACUGAAGAAGUUGUCGAAACCACAAUCAUCAAGCGAAUAACAGUUGAAGCUACCGCAACCGCAACUGAAACAAAUUUUGCAACCGAAACCGUCAAUAAUCUCGCAACGAUUACACGGACUUCUUUUACCACGCAAGUCGUAAACGGUGUCACCACACUCACGAGCUUCACGGGGACGACGACGGUCAGAGUUCCAAGCAGCCUUACACAGAUUGAAUACCAGACAUUUACGGCAGUGUUCAAUAAUACCGAUAGCCUAAGGCAGACCUUAGAUAUGUGGGGAAUUGGAAGUGAGAAGGGCUUGAAUAUGCAAGGGAAGGUGGCUGUAGGGCUGGGUGUUGGAAUGGGAGUUUUCCUUGUGGCAUUUUUGGUGACUUUGUGCUGUUGUUUGAGCCGGCGCAGUGAACUGAUGAAAAGGAAUAGAGCUCCUGGGACGGGCGGAAAUGCUGGAUGGCCGGAUGAUACGACGGCACCGAAAUACUAA